GAGACGCGACGAGGAGUGUUUGAUUUCUUCAAAGCAUUUGUCCAGUCAGACAUUUAAAAAUGGCAUCCAAAGAAGAAAUAAUGAGUGACCAGCGGUUUAGGAGGGUUACAAAGGACCCAAGAUUUUGGGAAGUGCCAGAAAAGGAUCGAAAAGUCAAAAUUGACAAGAGAUUUCGAGCAAUGUUUCAUGACAAAAGGUUCAAGUUGAAUUAUGCUGUGGAUAAAAGAGGACGCCCCAUCAACUACAGCACUACAGAGGACUUGAAGCGUUUUUAUGACCUUUCAGAUUCUGAUUCAGAUCUAUCUUAUGAAGAUGAUAAAGCAUUGAAUCAAAAGAAAAGGAAGAAGAAAAAACCCCAGACUAACAACAAAAUAGAAUCAAAAAAUCUAGUUGAAGAGAAAAAGAAAGAAAGCAAAAAAAUUAAUCAAAAGGAUUCUGGAGAUAAAAAUGAUUUGGAUAACUCCGACAGAAUUCAGAAAAUGGAAAAGUCAUGCAAAUCUAAGAAGGUAGAUUCAAAAAUAGGUUCUAAGAAAAACAGAGAAGAAUUUACACAGAAAAGUACAACAGGGAAAAAAAACAUUGUUCAACAUAGUACAGAUUCAUGUCCCAAAGGAAAAGUAGACUUGGGCGUCUCUGAAAUUGUGAAAUCUCCCAAGCUCAAGUACUCUAAGACAAGAAGAGAAAUGCUAUCAGUGGUUUCGCUAAUGGCAAGAGACAGUGAUGGUUAUGAAAACUCGACAGGUGGUAAGAGGUCUGACAAAGAUGCUCUGGAGGAAGAAUCAGAAAGUGCUAGUGAAAUAGGUGAUGAAGAAUCUGAAGAUGAGAUUACAGGCGUUGGUAGAAGUUCAACUGAUGAGGAUGAUGAUGAUGAUGAUGAUGAUGUUGAUGGAAAUGAAAACGAUGAGGAGGAGGAUGAAGAUGAGGAGAGUGAGAAUGAUGAUGAAAGCGACAGUGGUCCUGAUCUUGCAAGGGGUAAAGGAAAUAUAGAAACUAGUUCUGAAGAUGAAGAAGAUAUGGCAGAUUUACUGCCAGAGGACUCUGGUUUUGAGCAUGCUUGGAGAGAAUUAGAUAAAGAUGCUCCUCGGGCUGAUGAGAUUACACGUCGAUUAGCUGUUUGCAACGUGGACUGGGACAGAUUAAAGGCGAAAGAUUUGCUGGCUUUGUUUAAUUCAUUUAAACCUAAAGGAGGUGUUAUAUUUUCUGUAAAGAUAUAUCCUUCAGAAUUUGGAAAGGAGAGGAUGAAGGAAGAGCAAGUUCAAGGACCAGUAGAGUUAUUAAGUAUACCUGAAGAUGCCCCUGAAAAGGACAGGACUUCUAGAGAAAAACCGAGAGAUUAUCAAUUCAAACGACUCAAGUACUAUUAUGCAGUGGUGGACUGUGAUUCCCCUGAAACAGCUGGCAAAAUUUAUGAGGAUUGUGACGGCCUGGAAUUUGAAAGUAGUUGUUCAUUCAUAGAUCUAAGGUUUAUACCAGAUGAUAUUACCUUUGAUGAUGAGCCCAAGGACAUAGCCUCAGAAGUGGAUUUAACAGCAUAUAAACCAAAAUAUUUCACAUCUGCUGCGAUGGGAACCUCAACGGUGGAAAUCACUUGGGAUGAGACUGAUCAUGAAAGAAUGACAACACUCAACAGGAAGUUUAAAAAGGAAGAGCUUUUGGACAUGGAUUUUCAAGCUUACUUAGCUUCCUCUAGUGAAGAUGAAGAGGAGAUAGAAGAGGAGCUACAAGGUGAUGAUAAAGUCAAUAUGGAAGAAGACGGGAAAACAAAGAAAAGUCAGAAGGAUGAUGAAGAACAAAUUGCUAAAUACAAACAGCUCUUGCAAGUUAUUCAAGAAAAAGAAAAGAAAGGCAAAGAAAAUGAUAUGGAAAUGGAAAUUAAGUGGGUUCCAGGUCUGAAAGAAAGUGCAGAAGAGAUGGUGAGAAACAAACUGGAAGGAAAAGAUAAACUGACCCCUUGGGAACAAUUUUUAGAGAAAAAGAAAGAGAAGAAAAGACUGAAAAAGAAACAAAAGGCUCUUGCUGAAGAGGCCAGUGCAGAUGAACUUCCCUCUGAUGUUGAUCUGAAUGACCCAUGCUUUGUCGAAGAAAUUACAAAAAUAGGUAUAAAAGAAAAGAAAAAAUCAGUGAAAUCUACAAAAGAUGGCAUAUCUCCAGUGGAAGAAGCUGAAAUAGAAAGACAAAAGGCUGAAAUGGCUCUGCUCAUGAUGGACGAGGAAGAAGAGAGCAAGAAACAAUUCAAUGGUAAUAAGAUUUUAGAGCACCAGAAUCUAAGCAAAAAGAAGAAAAAACUGCUGAUGAAAAAGAAGGAAUUAUUAGAGGAUGACUUUGAGGUAAAUGUUAAGGAUGCAUGGUUUCAGGCAAUGUAUACUUCCCACUUGUUCAAUUUGGAUCCUUCAGAUCCUAAUUUCAAGAAAACAAAAGCUAUGGAAAAAAUCCUUGAGGAGAAAGCCCGGCAGAGAGAACAGAAAGAACAAGAACUUACUCAGGCAAUAAAGAAAAAAGAGAGUGAAAUUCAAAAGGGAUCACAAAAGAGGUCCAUUGAUCCUGCCUUGUCAAUGUUGAUUAAAUCUGUAAAAAAAAAAACAGAGCAGUUUCAAGCAAGAAAAAAACAAAAAGUCAAAUAGCUGUUUGUUGUUUCUUUUUGGAUUGAGAAUGUGUUCUCCUAAAGUGUACUGAAGUGAUGGAAUAUUAUUGGGAACAAAGCUUUCUUUCAAGAAUAUGAACAAAAUCUUAUUCUGACAGUUGUAAAAUUUCUUCCCCUAUACAACAGUUUGACUUAAUUGUGGAUGAUUGACAGAUUUGUUCUGUAUGUUUCCACAGAUUAAUCAUAAUUAAUUUAAUUAAACUGAAAUACAAGAUUUAUAAAAUUUUUGUAUUUUAUGAAAUUGAGUCAUACUAGUAGAAAAUUACUCUUGUCCUAAUUUUUUAAAAGAUUAUUUACAAUUCUAUAUAAAAAUAGAGCAGUGCCCAGUUGUUAAGUCUGAAUAAGAGUUAGGAACAACUUGAAACUAUGUAGAUGCAAUAUGUUAAUUUCUCUGGAAAAGGAGGCAGAUUUAGGUGUCUAUGUAAAUUUAUUUUUCUGGCCAUAAUGGAUAGAAGCCAAUAACUUCAUUGUUUGUUCAUGUUUAUUAUAGUUUGUUUAUGAAAUUAAUUU